UUUUUUUUUUUCCAUGCUCAGAGUGAGAGGCAGAGCUGUAAAAAUCUGGGAAUUUCUUUCGUAAACCUCACACUCAAUCCGUUUCUUUCGCUCUUUCUUUCUUUGUUUCUUCCCUCGUCUUAGUCUUAAGAUUUCGUUUGUUGAGAUCUUUUCUAGCUCUCGUUUUCGAUGAGGAGCCACUUUUCAUAAUCUUGUCUGCGUUGGAUCUAGGGCUUCUCUGUUUUCGUUGAGAAGGUAUGUAUAAUCCUCUACCCUCUCUUUUUAUUUUUAAUCUUCCGUUGGUUGCAUUUCGCCCCUAUUUCAUUGGUUAUAUUUUGAUUUACGCAUAUUUUUCGCAGCAGUUGGGGUUUUGAUUUUAUCGUCGGAGGGAUUGCUAUGGUUUUGUGAUUUGUUUAAUGAGCCACAUUUCUGUGUCUGGGUUAAUUUUCUCAUUUUCUCACCCUGGGGCUUACGGUGCAGUUCCCUUUGAUCAUGAAUGGGUUGGGUUUUUAGCGUCUUCGGUGCUGCAUCUAAAGCUCCAGCUCGUUUCCUUUUAAUCCAAGCAUUAUGCUCUUUUGUAUGAUUCUGUUUCGUAAUUAAAAGUUUGGUAUAGAUACUUAGAUUUCGAUUCCUAUUUGCUGGACGUGAAGGAGGUUUUGACAGAUAUGAAAAGGAGAAUGAAUAAGAAUCUUGAAGGAGGUUUUUAGCUCUUAUUUUCUUAAUUAUAUAUUGAAAUUAUAAAGGUUGCUUAAUUUUUUAUUAUCGAGAUUUGGUGUGUGGAAUCUUCAUUAAUAGGAGAGCAACGAGGUGAGGGAUACCCUGUGUCAAUGGGGUUGACUGUAAAUGUCUGAACUUUUGGUAUUGCCAAGCAGAGUGUUCAGUUUCGUGAUUUAGAAGGGGAGGAUAAGGAAGCUAACAGAUUGGGGUUAUGUGUUGGUUGGCCAUGGGUCUGAGAGAAAGAGAUCUUUUAGUUGAUCUUGAAAGUGGUGGGACUACUAGUGUAGAAGCAAAUAAAGAACCGAGUGCAGGUGUUAAACAAACAAAGAAAUUGUUGGGUAGGGUAUUGAAUGGGGUUGUCAAUUUUGAUGGGGCAAUCAAAGGUGAAGAUGGCACGAGUUUAGUCAACACUUCAAGUUCUGCUGAUGUUUGUCCCGAGAAUCCAGAAAUGUUGACAGAUAAGAAGUCUAGUGAAGAAGAGCCGUUGGUCCUUGGAGAAAAGAAAGUGGUAAAGGAGAAACGUAAGAAGACAAGCGCUAAGCCUCCAAAGCCACCACGGCCCCCCAGAGGUCCAUCAUUGGAUGCUGCUGACAUGAAGCUGGUUCGAGAGAUCUCUGAGCUUGCUAUGUUGAAGCGGGCAAGGAUUGAACGGAUGAAAGCAUUGAAGAAGAUGAAAGCAGCCAAGGCAACAUCACCAAGUGGCAGCCUGUGUGCUAUGGUCAUCACCAUACUCUUCUGCCUUGUAAUAAUUUUCCAAGGAAUAUGCUCCAAAAGCAGCUCAGCUGUCAGCUUCCAGGGAUCUCCUGAAUCAGCCGUUGGAUUGAUUUCAAUUCAAUUUAAUAAGAAUCUUUCCACUAGUGAUGCCAAUGGAAUCAGUGCCCGGUCACCCAAUUUCAUGGAUCAGGUUGCUGGGUCUAAUUCUCGGUAAGAAGAAACUAGAGGUGCUGGGUGAAAUGGAACGCCAUGAAAGUUCUGAAGGUGCUAAUGAGGUCUUUCCUGUAGAAUAUAAGUAGGUGCCCUAUUCCAGUUUUGUUACAGAGAUACAGAUUUGCAUCCUUGUCACAUUGUGGACUGAAGCACUUGACAGCUCGUUUUGAUGAUUCCGGUUUGUGUAUAUAUGUGUAGAAAUUUUGCCUAAUGCGGCUGGAAAGUUUAGGGGAAGUUAUUUUCCCCUGUACAGUAAGUUGAGAUUUAAGCUAUAAAUUAAUGAUCUAUGAAGCAACACUUGUUCUUCAAUUCUUCUUGAUAAUGGAAUUUGUGAGGGAUGAUCUCACCUUGGUUGGACCAUCUGGAUUGUGGACUUCUAUCUAUAAUGUUCAAUUGAUCAGAUUAUAUCUACCCGA